AUGGCAUCGGUCAAUGGUGGAGCUAGUGGGGAUGUGGAGGAGAAAUCAUCGUCCGAGAUGACCUCAAAGGAUUAUUACUUUGAUUCCUAUGCCCAUUUCGGCAUUCAUGAGGAAAUGCUUAAAGACGAAACUAGGACACUGACCUAUAGAAGUGCACUGAUUCACAACAAACAUUUGGUGAAAGAUAAGGUCGUGCUUGAUGUUGGUUGCGGCACCGGCAUCUUGUGUUUGUUCGCUAUCAAAGCAGGGGCGAAACACGCAAUUGGUUGUUCGAAUAUCAUUGACCGUGCCAUGGAAAUCGUCAAAGCCAAUAACAUGUCUGAUAAAAUCACUCUUAUCAAAGGCAAGGUGGAAGAAGUGGAGCUCCCGGAUGGUUUCAGCAAGGUCGAUAUCAUUAUCAGCGAGUGGAUGGGCUACUGCUUAUUUUAUGAGUCAAUGUUGAAUACUGUCUUAUAUGCGCGGGAUAAAUGGUUGGCUCCUGGUGGACUUAUCAUGCCGGAUCGGGCGACCUUGUAUGUAUGUGCAAUCGAAGAUCGUCAAUACAAGGACGAGAAGAUUAAUUGGUGGGACAGCGUCUACGGUUUUGAUAUGAGCUGCAUCCGGAAAGUUGCAUUGACUGAACCUCUCGUGGACGUAGUGGAUCCAAACCAAGUGGUGACCAAUUGCUGCCUGGUCAAAGAAGUCGACAUGUACUCCAUCACGGUCGAGGAGCUGAGCUUUACAGCACCUUUCACGCUCACUUGCAAACGCAAUGACUACAUCCAAGCCCUUGUUACCUUCUUCAAUAUCGAUUUCACCUGCUGUCACAAACCGACGGGCUUUUCGACAGGCCCCGAUGAACGUCGCUACACCCAUUGGAAACAGACAGUCUUCUAUCUGGACAAUGGAGAGGAUGAUUGUCUAACUGUAAAGAAAGGCGAACAGAUAAACGGAUCCAUGUCGAUCAAGCCAAAUGCUCGUAAUAAUCGCGAUCUGGACAUCAGUGUAAAAAUCCUCUUUGAAGGUGAGCUGUCAACGAUGGAUACAGUUUUCAACUACCGGAUGCGUUGA